CCUUGUACUAGGUCCCCGCGAGGCGCAUCGCGCACUUCGAGAAAAAGGCUUGCUGCGAAAACCACGGCGGCUGCACACCGUCGUCGAGAAUCUGUGACUUGAAGCCAUCAGAAAUUCAGUGUCUUCCCUCGUAUUCCAACAUCAGCAUCUUCGGAAAUUCGUGUCAACAUUAGUCUCGCCCGAGCUGUAUCUCUUGGUAAUCUUCUCCACAGCAGCCAUGGCGCCUGUGGCUUUAGGAGCCGUUGCCACUCCCGCCGCGCUCGUUUCGCGCGUCUCAAAUCGACCGGCGCGCGCCCCCUGUUCUCCGGCAGCUCGGGGCAUCGCCUACACAUGCAAGGCCAGCGCAGCAGAGACAGCUACUAGCAGCAGUGCCACGAGUGACGCCAGUGCAGCAGUGCAGCCCGUGCUGCUGACGUGUCGGCAGUGCAAGCAGCCGUUCGACCCCGCCCUUAACCACCCGUCCGCAUGCUCCUUCCACCCCGCGCACUACGGAGGCGAGGUCAAACGGAAAUGGAAGUCAAACUUGUACCACAAGGUGGGCACAGAGUUUCUGUACCACUCAGAGGAAACAAGGGCCGAGUGGGGCGAGGUGGAAAACUUUUGGGAUUGCUGUGGGCGCAAUGACCCCAUGGACCCCGGAUGCACCAAGGGGCCGCACCGGUCGUAUGAUGAUGCAUAAGUUGCUGCAUGCCCCACCCCACCACUUCCUUGUAAUAAUUUGACAGGUGUUGUAGGAGACUAAGUAUAAAAUCUCCAAACACGAACACUUGGAAAUCCUCAAGUGUUGGCCUAGGAUCAGGGCCCUAGAUUGGUUUUGAGGCUUCCUGAUCCAUCAGGAUUCUCCCUGCAGAAAAGUCUGAAUUUUCAGGGUCCCCUAAAAAAAAUUCCUGAGCCAUCAGAAUUACUUAAAGCCCGCGGCUAAAAUAGCAGACCUGGAAACCACUUGAAUUUGGUGCUUUGAAAUCCGUCUAAGUAAAAAAUGGAAGGCAGUGUU